AUGGCACUAGGAGCUAAAAACAAACUAGGUUUUAUUGAUGGGAGCAUCACAAAACCUCCUGUUAACUCUGAAGAUUACAAUAAAUGGACAAGAAAUGACUACAUGCUCAGGUGUUGGCUGUUCGCUUCUGUAACACCUGAAAUUGCUGAUGUCUUGAUUUUGAGUGAAUCUGCAAAAGGAUUCUGGGAUGACUUGGUUGAGAGAUAUGGUCUACCAAGUGCUCCGCAGUUAUACUCUAUAAAGAAAGAAGUUACAGGAUUGAUGCAAAAUGAGAUGAGUGUGGCAGAGUAUUAUGGAAAGUUGAAGAGAUCUUGGGAUGAGCUGAAUGUUUUAGAUGGAUUUCCAGAAUGUAGUUGUGGUGCACUGCAAAAGUGUGAUGGCAAAUAUCUCAAAAGGAUUCGUGAAAGGGAAUCACAAAGUAGGUUGAUUGAUUUUCUAAUGGGGUUAAACAACAGUAAGUAUGAUGGUUUGAGAGGUAAUAUUCUUGCUAUGGACCCUAUUCCUACUAUAAACAAAGCAUUUCAACUUGUCCAGCAAGUAGAGAAGCAAAAGGAAGUAACAGAGAAUAUUGAAUCUGGCUUUGAUGCAAGUGCUCUUUUUGCCAACAAAGGAAUAUUUGCUGGAAACCAGCAGGGUAAAGGGAACUUCCAGAACACAAAAGGAGUUUUUCCUAGAAAAGAAACUAAGGAGGAGAAGAUGAGAAAAUAUUUUUGUGACCAUUGCAAGAUGAAAGGUCACACUAGAGAUGGCUGUUUUAAGCUAAAUGGAUAUCCAUAUUGUGUAACACCCCCAUAA